CUGGGAUGACCCUGCCUGAUCAGGGAGGUUGGACCAGCCAUCAAAAGUACAGAGCUAUUCUGAAGAAAGAGAAGAGGAAAAAAAAGCGGCAGGCGCUUGCCAAACUAAGGGACUCAGAAGCUACAGAAAAAGAUGAAUCUGUGUCUGAGGAGGAAGAGGAGGAAGUGGAGAAAGAGGAGGAAGAAGAAGAAGAAAAAAAACUUGAGGCAGAAAGACAAAAACUACAUGAGCAGUGGUUGCUGAGAGAAGAAAAGGCCCAAGAAGAGUUCAAGCUAAAGAAAGAAAAAGAAGAGGCUGCAAGAAAACGGCAAGAAGAAGAAGAGAGGAAGAUCAAAGAAGAAUGGGAAGAGCAGCAAAGAAAAGAGAGAGAAGUGGCACAGCAGAAGCAACAGGAGAAGAAAGAGAGAGAGGCAGCUGUGCAGAGGAUGCUGGAUCAAGCUGAAAGCCAGCUGGAGAAUGGUGUGAGUUGGCAUAACCCAGAGCCCCCAGAGAAUCUGGGAACAGAGAAGGAUAGAGCGAAUUGCCCCUUCUAUAUUAAAACAGGUUCCUGCCGAUUUGGAGACAGGUGUUCUCGCAAGCAUAACUACCCAACAUCCAGCAAGACACUCCUCGUCCGAGGGAUGUUCAUCACCUUUGGCAUGGAGCAGUGCCGGAGGGAUGACUAUGACACAGAUGCAAGUCUUGAGUAUAGUGAUGAGGAGACCUACCAGCAGUUCCUGGAGUUCUAUGAGGAUGUGCUCCCUGAAUUUCAGAAUGUGGGGAAGGUUGUUCAGUUCAAGGUCAGCUGCAACUAUGAGCCUCACCUGCGAGGAAAUGUCUAUGUCCAGUACCAGUCGGAGAAGGACUGUCAGGCAGCCCUGGCCCUGUUCAGUGGACGAUGGUAUGCAGGCAGACAGCUUCAUUGUGAAUUCUGUCCUGUGACGAGGUGGAAAACUGCUAUUUGUGGCUUAUUUGAAAGGCAGAAGUGUCCAAGAGGGAAACACUGCAACUUUCUUCACGUAUUCAAAAACCCAAACAAUGAGUUUUGGGAGGCCAACAGAGACAUACGUAUUUCUCCUGAACGGACUAAUCAGUUGUCUAAAAACUCUGAAAGGAGAAACAGAUCAAGCCAUCGUGAUGACUAUUACAGCCGGUCCAGGAGAAGGGGCAGCCCGAGCCCAGAUCAUUCUUACCGGAGAAAUGGAGAGUCUGAGAGAAAAAAGAACCGCCGCAAAAACAAGAGGCGGCGCCGAUCGGGGCGGUCGAGGAGCCGGGAGAGGAGGAGGUCUCACAGCAGGGGGAGAAAGAGGAGAGGCCGCAGUCGCAGCAGAAGUCACAGUCGAACUCGCAGUCGGAGCAGAAGCCGGAGUUCCUCUCGAUCCAGGAGCAGGGGUAAAAAGAGAUCGAGCAGCAGAGGAAAAAAUAGUGAAACUCCCAAAACAAAGUGAGAGUUAUUUUUAGAAAUCGGUAAUUGAUCAAAAAUAGAUCUGACAGAGAAAUCUUUGCAAUAGGGCACCAGAUAUAUUUUGAGUUUCAAAUAAAGUGUUCUUGCACAUUAAAAUGUUUCUUCCUAAUAAAGGAACCUAGUUUAUUGUGUGCUAAGCUUCAGAAAAUUAAAAGUUUUAAGUCCUAUAGAAGGUGUGAACGUCAAGUACUCUAGCUACUCUGUCCCUCCGAACUGCUGCAACACCUGGAUACACACUGAGUACAAAUAGAGAAGUAAAGCCUCUUUGGUAUAUGCUUA